UGGCUGAGGUGGCAGCCGCCAGAAAAUGGCCCUGCAAGCCAGUUCUUCUUGGCCUCAGGGACAGCACAGGCCUGAGGUUCACUCUGAGCCCCUCCCACCCUCGUCCUGGGUGGCACCGCAGGGCUGCUGGCUGAAGGACAGGAGGUGGUCACCUACUGCCCGGCUGGCUGCUCCGGGGCCUCCACUCCCCACCUGCCCCUGGAGCACUUGGUGCAGGGAGGGCUUCUGUCCUCAGACCCAGGUGGGAGAGGGCCGCUGGGAGGCAAGAGGGCAUCAGCCAGAGGGCUGGGCUGGGCUGGGGGAGCCCCAUGUGCCUGGGGCGGUAAUCAGGCAAGGCCCAAGGCCAGGCGAGGCCACCGUGGUGACCUCAUUCAUGUACCACUGGUUGUGCCAUGCUGGUCAGCAGUGCUGCACACAGGUCAGAGCAUCCCCCACAAAGCGAAUAGACUAAUAGGUGCCGGGGGUGGUGCCAGGUUGGGCUGGCUUCCUGAGGUGGCUGGCAGUGGGUGAGGGGCAGGUCUAGGGGGAGCAACUGCCCCACCCAUGUGUCCCCAACCCCCGAGGGUCUUGAGUUUGCCAGGAGUUGAGCCCCAGCCCCCGAGAAGGGAUGCCUGCCUCCCAGAACGUACCUGGUGCCCCCCAGGCCUGCUGAGGACCAGGCUGGGAAUACCAGGCUUGGAUGUGGUGCUGGGCUGCCAGAGUUUCUUUUUCUUAUUUUACUUUUAAUAAUUAAAUGUUUUUAUAGAGAUAGGGCCUCGCUAUGUUGCCCAGGCCAGUGUCAAACUCCCAGCCUCAAGCGAUCCUCCCAUCUCGGCCUCCCGAAGUGAUGGGAUUAUAGGUGUGAGCCACCGUGCCCAGCCAUCCCCUGGGUUUUUGUGCCAUGGUGCUCAUGGAUUUCUGACGAUGACCUCUCCUGGGAAAUUGGGGGUGCAUGUCAGCCACCACAGAGGCCGAGGACAGAGGAAGGAGCAGAGGCUCUGGGGCCCUCAGCGAGCCCGUGGGACCAGGUGCUGUUACCGAUGGCGGUGGGUGGGGGAUGGGCUGGAAUGUGCCCCCCCGGGAUAUCCAGGCCUAUAUCUACCCGUGGCCCGGGUUUCUUAAGAGUGGGGGGCUCUGCAGAGAGCUCCUGAGGCACCCCUAGUGCCCCUCCUUUGUCCCUGGCUCGGCACUGCCACCAUCUGGGACCCCAGCAGCAACUAGGGGCAGGGCUGGGAGCAGAUCUGAAAAGGCUCUUCGGAGGCUGCGGCUCCGGGUCCUCCCAACGUUUUCUUUCUUGGAGCCAAGGAAAAGGGGGGCCGGAGUGGGAGGACGCUGGAACAAAGCAGCUUCUGUCCCUCCUGGCUCCGCUGUGCCUCCCCGAGUGCGGGACCCCUUCCAGCCGGCCCGAUGCCUCCUCCCCCAGGGCUGGGGAAGGGUCCGCCUCCCUGCCCAGGGCAGCCCUGCAGCCUGCCUGGGGCCGCCGCCCCGAUGCCGCUGCGGGAGGCAGGCUGCACCCCUAGAGUCUGGGCGGCCCUCGGGGAGACCCCCGUUCAGCUGAGCCUGGCAGGGACAGAGCCUUGAGGCCGCAAGUCUGGACUCGGCGCUGCGGGUUUGGGGCGCCACGGAAGGACCCACGCAGCCUCCCCAUUCUGCAGGAGCCAGACCCAAGAGGACGCAGAGGCUGAGCGCGGAGACCUGGGACCUGCUGAGACUCCCCCUGGAGCGGGAGCAGAAUGGAGACAGCCACCACGCAGGGGACUGGCGGGGGCCCAGCAGGGACUCGCUCCCCAUCCCCGUGAGGAGCAGGAAGUACCAGGAAGGCCCGGACGCUGAGAGGAGGCCCCGGGAGGGCAGCCACUCCCCGCUGGACAGCGCCGACGUCCGGGUGCAUGUGCCGCGCACGAGCAUCCCAAGGGCCCCGUCUUCAGACGAGGAGUGCUUCUUUGACCUGCUGACCAAGUUCCAGAGCAGCCGCAUGGACGACCAGCGCUGUCCCCUGGAUGACGGCCAGGCUGGGGCUGCUGAGGCCACGGCCGCCCCCACGCUGGAGGACAGGAUCGCCCAGCCCUCCAUGACGGCCUCGCCCCAGACCGAGGAAUUCUUCGACCUCAUCGCCAGCUCCCAGAGCCGCCGGCUGGACGACCAGCGGGCCAGCGUGGGCAGCCUGCCGGGGCUUCGGAUCACCCACAGCAACGCAGGGCACCUCCGAGGCCAUGGCGAGCCCCAGGAGCCAGGAGACGACUUCUUCAACAUGCUCAUCAAGUACCAGUCCUCCAGGAUCGAUGACCAGCGCUGCCCGCCGCCCGACGUGCUGCCCCGGGGCCCUACCAUGCCGGACGAGGACUUCUUCAGCCUCAUCCAGAGGGUGCAGGCCAAGCGCAUGGACGAGCAGCGGGUGGACCUCGCCGGGGGCCCGGAGCAGGGAACAGGCGGCCCGCCCGAGCCCCAGCAGCAGUGCCAGCCUGGUGCGAGCUAAGGCCCUGUGCCCACCGCCAUGCCUGCCCUGCCCCCGCUCCUAGACGCUGGGCUCACAGUCACAGCCACGUCCUCCCGAGGCCAUCGCUGAGGACAGGCACUGGGCAUGCAGCCCCACGGCCUCCCCGACCCAGAGCAGCAGGCUCAGGCCGAGCUGCCCGCGGCGGGAGGGCGUUCUCCAUCCCGGGCUGGCCCCCCAUGGCCCUGGACUUGCUCCCUCCUGCCCCGCCGCAGGCCGGAUGGGGUCUCGGCAUGUCGGCCCCGACCCGGUGCUGUCAGACUCCCGCACCCUCUCCCCCAAGCCCUUCUCGUUCUGUCCUGCCCUGCCAAAUGUGAAACCUGCUGUCUCCCCUACUCUCCCCAAAGGUGUCUCUGAGCCUCUUCUCGGGGCCACCAAGGACAGGGCCACGUUCUUCCCCCCCAGAGCUGGUCUUGAGACGGCCACGUGGCAGGCUUCGUCCCCUCCAGCUUCGUCCCGGGGCAGGGCUCCCUCCAAGCCUAUCUCCCCACUCCUGCCCGGGCCGGAGGAGGUCUGCAACCACAGAAGGCCCCCCAGACCAGGCCGCAGGGGCAGCUCUGAGGUGCCUCCCCGCUGCAGGGGCCUUGAUAGGAGCUGGGCCUGUCUGUAAAGCAGAGGGAAUGGCUGGGCAUGAACUUUAACACUCCAAACCCCAAGCCAGGAAAAAGGGCAGGGCCUGGUCCUGGGGACGCUUGCUGGCAGCGGGCACAGUGGUCAGUCAGGGCGGGAGACGGCACCAGGCUCUGUGACCCUCACCCGAGGUGGGGGGUCAGUGGAAGCUGGGGAGGCUUCACUCAGCUCAACUCUGCAGAACCCCCGAUAUGAGAACCCCCCUCCUCCCACCAGCUGGGGGAGAUGACAUCACUGCUGUCUCCCCAUGGGGAGGGGCUCACAGGGCACUGAGUUCAGGAUCCUGAGACUGGCAGGACCUGUUGGAGCCUGAGAUGGGCCUGAGGUUGCCUGCUCCUGUCCAGACCCAGCCGUGGCAUCUCCCGGGGGCCUCACCAUGGCCCCACAGCCCCCAGGGCUGGCAGUUCCAUCUAGGAGGGAGCCCGCUCUCAGGCUGGGAUGGAGAGGCAGUCCUGGGCCCGGCGAGGUGAGCUGCCUCUGGAGGGGCAGGGCCGCACCCCAGGGCAGGGACAAGUGCCCGGACACAGGGUCUCCAGGACGUAGCGCCCCCCCUGCAUACUUGAAUGUAUGUGCGUAUUUAUUGCUCACAUGUGUGUGCCAUGUUGUCAGUGGGUCCUUUCCAACCCAAGAGGUACAUUUGUUUUUCUGUUUUUUCCUGAAAAAUAAAGUCGGCCAAGUGAG